AUGGCGUCGCGGUUCCAGGAAGCUCCACUGGUUUCUUCGCCAUCGUAUCCCAACGCCGUCGCUUGGUCAUCGGAGAAUCUGAUCGCCGUCGCCGCUGGCCACCUCGUCAUAAUCCUUAAUCCGGCGUCUCCUUCUGGACCUCGUGGAUUGAUCGCAAUCCCUAAAGCCGAGCCUUAUCAGAUUGGCCUUGUUCGCUCACAAGAUUUGCUGACUGGUGGACUCUUGCCUUCGAGCUUGAAGCGGGAAAGAGGUCCCUGUGUUCGAUCGCUCUCAUGGUCCGAAAUAGGAAUGUCUCCAAACCACGGGUGCUUACUGGCUGUUUGCACAGCGGAAGGAAGGGUUAAGCUUUACCGACCUCCAUAUUCUGAUUACUGUGCGGAGUGGAUAGAGAUUGUUGAUGUAUCUGAUAUGCUUUAUGAGAAUCUGUCAAGCAUGAACUUUGGAGAGCCCAACAGUCCUUCUACGUCAUUAUCUAAGGAUCAAGUGGUACAACAUGACCAUGAAGAGGAUGAAAGGAAUUCCAUUCCGAAGGCACGCAAGCGAAGAAGAACGAGCGUAAACAACAACAGCUUGCAUGAAACGAGUAUUACAGUUCGAGCAUCAUGUUCCAAGCAAGACAGUCAAACGGUGAAUAAUGUACUUGAGAUUGAAGCAUAUGAACAGCCAAGCAAUGCCCAUAAUUGUCACUCUUUGCCUAAAGAACCAAAAAAUAUCAGUCCAGAGAUAAGUCCAGACAAGUAUGUUUCUCGUGAGGCAUUAUUAUCCGCUCUUUCUGUCGCCUGGUCCUCUCUACUAACAUUCUCAUCAGAAGGUUCUUCUUGUGAGAAUAUGUUAAGAUUCUCUCUUUUGGCAAUUGGUUCAAAGUCUGGUAGUGUUUCCAUAUGGAAAGUUCAUGCACCAGAAUGCUAUCACAUUGAACGUAGCAAUGUAUCACCCAUCGUGGAACUUACUGCUAUAAUUCAGGCUCAUAGCUCAUGGGUUUCAACGUUGAGUUGGGGAAUUUUUGGCUGCGAUUCUUCGAAUCCGCAAGUGGUGUUGGUUACUGGGAGCUGUGAUGGUAGCGUAAAAAUUUGGAUAAGCAACAAAGAAGACUUGCAAAAAUCUGUUGAGAUCUAUAAAUCUUCAUUUUUUCUGUUGAAACAGGUUGUAACGGUGAAUCCUGUUCCGGUUUCAACGCUUUCAUUUGUUGUAAACAAUCAUUCUAAUGUCAUGCACUUGGCAAUUGGCAAAGGAUCUGGUUCCUUUGAAGUAUGGAAGUGUGAUAUAUCUACCAGAAAGUUUAAACAAAUUGCUUCACCUAUGGCUCAUGUCCAAGUGGUUACGGGCUUAGCUUGGUCAUAUGAUGGCCGUUGUUUGUACAGUUGCAGCCAGGAUAAUUAUCUCCGAAACUGGAUUUUAGGUGAGAAUACCAUCUCUGAAGUGCCAAUUCUGGCAAACACUCCUGGUCUCAGUAGCACGACUGAUUUUCCUGAUGAUUUCCUGUCAUGUCUUGGUGUUGCAUUGUCCCCUGGAAACCUCGCUGUUGCUAUGGUCCGCAGGUUUAAUGUAGAACUAUUGGAUCCGAUGUACCAAGCCAGGUCGCAGAAGGCUGCUAUAGAAUUCCUCUGGAAUGGCGCACAACAAUCCGGUGAGUCUGAAGAUUCUUCAGAGACGAUAACCGAAGCUAUUCUUGGAUUCUCCAAGAACGAAUUUGCAUACUGGGAAUCUAAUUUGCUCUGGUCGUUGAAAGAAUUCAAAGAUUCGAACAAGCCUCUGGUUCUCUGGGAUAUGAUUGCUGCAAUGUUGGCGUUCAAACAAUCAAUGCCGGAGUUUGUUGAAUUGGUAAUAACCAAAUGGCUAUCUAUGUCAUACCUUGGAUUUCAUGCUGAUAUUCCCAUGGAAGAUCUUGUGCCAAAGAUCUCCAAACGCUUCUCUGCUGUUCCUUCCAGGCUGCUACACAUUCUCAACGUAAUCGCCAGACGUGUAAUGUUAUCAGAGCUCAAAACGGAGGAAAUCAACAGAAAACUUCAAUGUCAGAGAACGAACAAUGAAGAAGAGGUUGAUCUGUGGCUCAAACUGCUCGAGGAAAGCGAAAGAGAACUCCGGGAAAGACUGGUUGGUCUCAGUUUCUCGGCUUAUCUAACCACCGAUUUAUCUGUAGGUGUAGAUUCUCCUUCCACUGCGAAUUGGCGUCCAGCGGGAUUGGCUCAGUUACAACAAUGGGUUGAGAUAAAUCACGAUAUUGUCUGUAAUCAGCUCGUAACACUUUCCUUGGAAGUAAAAUCUAGUCUAACAAGAUCAAGUAACAGCACAGAGGAAGCCAUGGAGGAAGAGGAAUGUCCUUAUUGCGCGGCGCCAAUCCAUUUCCAAUCACCAGAAGAAGCCUUUUGCCAAUCUCCACACCAAAACAAGAAGAGCAAAGAGAAAGGUAGAUGCGAUCAAAGACACAAGCUUGAGAGGUGUUGUGUCUCAAUGCAAGUAUGUCCACCAAUCCCUUUAUGGUUCUGCAAAUGCUGCAACCGAAUGACUUUAGAACUCGCUCCAGAGAGCUUAUUUGCAUUGCCUUCUUUCCCGACUGAUCUCAAAUCGCUUCCGGAAUCUUGCUUUAGCAAAGUUGCCUUGAAACCAUUCUGCCUCUUCUGUGGAAUUCUAUUGCAGAGAAGACAGCCGGAGUUUCUGCUCUCUGCUUCACCUGUGUGAUAACUUAUAAUGGACUAAAUUUAAAUUAUUGUUUGUGUACUCUUCAAAUUUAUAUAUUACACAUUUUUUUUUAAUGGUGAAUCUAAUCACCAAUCUUA